AUUUUCCCUCCUAACCAGGCAGUGGCAGUGGUGCAGAAUGGCUGACCUCAGUCUUGCAGAUGCACUAACAGAACCACCUCCAGAAAUCGAGGGAGAGAUUAAACGGGACUUUAUCGCCACCCUGGAGGCAGAGGCCUAUGAUGAUGUCGUGGGAGAAACUGUUGGGAAAACAGACUACAUUCCUCUGCUGGAUGGGGAUGAGAAGACGGGGAAUUCGGAGUCGAAGAAGAAACCAUGCCCAGACACUAGCCAGGUUGAAGGUGCUCCAUCUCCUAGAGCAGCAGUGCUGGCCAACGGCGACCACGGGACGCCAGGGAAUGACACUGCAGGGUCUCCAACUGCAUUUCUUGAAGAGAAAAUGGCCUUCCAGGGGUAUCAGAACAACCAGAACUGGCCAGAAAACACAAACUUUUACUUUGAACCCGAGCAAGUGGUGAAUCCUGUCCAGACUGAUCCCUACCAGAUGCACUGCGGUGACGGCCUGGACGAUCUGCUCUUCUUUCCCGGCGGCGCUAACAGCGCCUCCGCACUGACGCGGCAGAGUGACCCUCUGAGAGACGGUCACCUUCCUUGCGACACAUUUACUCCUGAAGCAGUUGUACCUCAGGGCUGGCCUGUGGAAGCCCCGCACUCCCCCCAGGCGGGGGUCUUCAUUUCCCCAGAGGCCACACCACCUCUGCAACCCACAGCAGAGCCAGCCGGGGAGAGAGAAAUGGCACCAGAAGAGAGGGCAUCGACCAAAGCAUCGGAAACGAGGAUGGGACUGACGGCUGCUGACAUGGCACCAUCUAGAGAAACAGAGAUGGCCCUGGCUCAGGACAUGGCGCCAGGCACAGAGACAGAGACACUGGCCACAAGCGUGGCAUCACCUACCAAAGAAGAUGUGUCCUUUGCCAAGAACAUGGACUCACCCAUUGAGUCAGACGUGGCUGUGGUCACGGAUGUGGUACUGCCUAUAGAAUCAACGGAAACCCCAGCCAAGGGUGCAGUGCUCUUCAGAGACACAGAGCGGGCACCACCCAUAGAAAUGGACGCGGCUCCAGCUGAAGGCGUGGUGUCACUCACAGAAAGGGAGAUGGCAUUGGCUAAGGACAUUGCAUCACCCACAGCCAAGGAGUUGGCUUUGUCCUCGGGAACAGAGGUGGCCCGGGGCAAGGACAUGGCCCCGCCCCCAGAAACAGAGGUGCCAGUCAAGGACAUGGCCCCGCCCCCAGAAACAGAGGUGGCCCUGGGCAAGGACAUGGCUCCGCCCCCAGAAACAGAGGUGGCCCUGGGCAAGGACAUGGCUCCGCCCCCAGAAACAGAGGUGGCCCUGGGCAAGGACAUGGCUCCGCCCCCAGAAACAGAGGUGGCCCUGGGCAAGGACAUGGCCCCGCCCCCAGAAACAGAGGUGCCAGUCAAGGACAUGGCUCCGCCCCCAGAAACAGAGGUGGCCCCGGGCAAGGAUGUGCCUCUGCUUCCAGGACCAGAGCCAUCCCUGGCUAAGGAUGUCGCACCACCUUCAGAAACAGAGGCGGCCCCAGUUCCGGUGAAGGACAUGGGAACUGUACGGACACCAGGAAAACCAAGCGAGGGCUCCCAGUUCGCAUCUCCCCAGAACGAGGGGCCGUCAGCUGUGCCUGCUGCCAUGGUUUCCCCAGAGCCAGUCACAGCUGUGGGCCAAACGUCCGCCUUGCCACCAGACGAGGCAUCUGUGCCAGAGAAACUAGAGCAAAGGCAGCCGCUCAGCCCUCAGCCUCCGGAGCCGCCUGCAGCGCCCUCAGGAACAGCCAAGCCAGAAGAAGGGCCAGCUGCUGCGAGCGUGACCGGAAAUGACAUCACUGCCCCUCCAAACAAGGAGCUCCCACCAAGCCCCGAGAAGAAAGCCAAGGUAGUUGCCGGAAUGCCUUUGGCCACAACUCAUCCUGCAAAGACUUCAACAUCGAAAGCCAAAACACAGUCCACUUCUCUCCCUAAGCAACCAGCGCCCACCACCUGCGGUGGGCUGCCUAAAAAGCCCAUGAGCCCCGCCUCGGGCUCGGGGCCCGCUGCCCCCCCCAAACGCCCCGCGGCCACCACCGCCAGGCCAGCCGCCUCGCCUGCCAAGGACGCCAGGCCCAAGCCUGUGGCAGAGACGAAGGUUCCCGAGAAGAAGGCCACGCCGUCCAAGCCAGCCUCUGCCCCGGCCUCCAGGCCCGGCUCCAGGAGCACCCAGGCCGCUCCAAAGGCCCCCUCGGCCGCCUCUGUUGCCUCAACUGGGCCGAGCAGCAGGAGCGCCCCCACGCCCCUGCCCAGGAGGCCUGCUGGCACCAAGACGGAGGGAAAGCCUGCCGACGCCAAGAAGACAGUUACGAAGUCUGCACCAGCUGACUUGAGUCGCGCAAAGAGCACCUCCAGCAGUACCGCGAGGAAGAGCGCCGCUGGCCCUGGGGCGGGCUCGCCAGCCGGCGCGGCUCCCAGUCGCGUCAAGCCCACCCCCGUGUCUCCCCGGGCCUCUGGGACUCUUGCCGUGGACAAGAAGCCCACGUCGGCCAGGCCCAGCUCCUUGGCCCCCAGACUGAGCCGCCCGGCGACCAGCGCUUCCACGCCUGAUCUGAAGAACGUCCGCGCCAAGGUCGGCUCCACGGAGAACAUCAAGCACCAGCCUGGAGGAGGCCGGGCCAAAGUAGAGGAAAGGACAGAGGCAGCAGCUGCAGCUCGAAAACCUGCCCCUCCCGCGGCCACUAAGCCUGCUGGGCCGGGUGCGAGUGCACAGAGGGCACCUGCGGGGAAAGUCCAGAUAGUCUCCAAAAAAUUGAACUACAGCCAUGUUCAGUCCAAGUGUGGUUCCAAGGACAAUAUUAAGCAUGUCCCUGGAGGCGGUAAUGUUCAGAUUCAGAGCAAGAAGGUGGACAUCUCCAAGGUCUCCUCCAAGUGUGGGUCCAAGGCCAACAUCAAGCACAAGCCGGGUGGAGGGGAUGUCAAGAUCGAAAGUCAGAAGUUGAACUUCAAGGAGAAGGCCCAGGCCAAGGUGGGAUCCCUGGAUAACGUGGGCCACCUGCCCGCGGGCGGGGCCGUGAAGACUGAGGGCGGCGGCAGCGAGGCCCCUCCGAGCCCGGGCCCCCCUGCUGGGGAGGAGCUGGCUGUCCCUGAGGCUGCGCCCGAAGCUGGCGCCCCCACUUCAGCCAGUGUCCUCAGUGGCCACACCACCCUGGCAGGGGGUGGUGACCAAAGGGAGGCCCAGACCUUGGACUGCCAGAUCCAGGAGACAAGUAAGUGGCGGGCUCGGCCUGCGGGCCAGCUGGGGGCCCUGCCACUGGCUGAGGCUGGAGUGUGA